AUGAGGUGCGAUUUUUUCCGAGCAGAAGUGCGAGGAGAUCUUGCCAACCAUAUAAACUUUUCUUUCUCUAUUUCAAAAUAUCUGCGAAAUCGGAAAAAUAACGGGUUUGAUCUUGUAAAAACUUAUGAAAGCAUCAAAAGGAAGGAAUGGAACCCUUGUGAAAAUUCGACUAACUUUCAAAAAUUUCAAGGAAUCAUGAUGGUUUUAAAAAGGUGUCCUUUGUUGAGUAAAAAGGAAUAAAUUCGAGCUUCGAACAUUUUUUUCAAUUCUUCAUCCCUUUCAAAAAAAAUAUACUUUCAAAAUAAUAUCCGAAAAAAAUUCAUUCAAACUGACUCCAAAUUUUAUUUCAUUGCAAACAUUUUCAACAGUUUCCGUUAUGAUAUCGGUGUUCAUGAUUCAUUUUUACCUAUCAAUAAAUUAUAUGAACUUAUUUUCAGCAAAUUUAUAGUUAGACUCAUUUAUUUUAAACCAUUUAUCCAAUUUUUUUUCCACUUUUUUCAAAAUAGCAAUCACAAGUUCGCUCUAAAAUUACCUGAGAAUAUUUUAAAAGGUAUAAACUUCCUCGAAAAAUUUUUUUCCGACCAAACCGUCCGCAGUAUCCAAACAUACACUAUACCAAAAUCUUUCACCAAAUUCAAAAUGGCUCCAAAAAGACCAACUAAUAUCCCUGACCUUCAAAAAUCUCCAUUACCAGUGCCUCUGGCAAAUUUCUCGCUUCAGAAUGACUUGGGAUGAUCCAACAAGGCGUGCGGGAAAAGGCCCAAGUGUCGAAAAGAGGCGGAGCUUCGGCCCGAGUCCCAAACCGCCUCCCAAACUAUUCAUUCUGGUCCGUGUUGGCUCUGCCGAGCUGUUCUUUCUUUUUUUUGUUUUUUGAUUUUCUUUAGUCUAAAAGAUUGUAUUUUUUAGGUUUUAACUUUUCUUGAGGAACUUUUGAUAAUAUACUGGGAAAAUUUUUAGUGGUCACUAUAGAGGCUCGCCAAGGACUACUUGGAGAGGACACUAAAUUGGCCACUAAACCCACCUCUAUAGUGGCCACUAUUUUCCGUUUAGUGGCCACUUCAGUGAUUUUUCUUUCAGUAACUCUGAUUAUUUUCAAACAAACAGAUUGAACCAGUUAUGUUGAUUCAUUGACCCCUAAAGUGGCCACUGAGCAGUCUAGUAGUAGCACUUAGACCUCUAUAGUGGCCACUAUUUUUUACCCCUCAAGUGGCCACUAAUUUCACUACUAUAAUAGCUACUAAAACUUCGAAACCCUAUAGUGGCCACUAAAAAUUUUCCCAGUAAGGAUAUGGCCUUCUUCUUUCUUUCCAAACUGACCAUUUUGAAAGAUUUUCUGAUUUUUGUCAAGAGAUUCAUUUUCUUUGAAAGGGCUCUGAAAUGAUCCUUAGUGAAAAUUGAUUCACUGGUUUUUUAUUCCGUUUCUUCAUAUCCUAUUCUGAAAAUCAUCCUUUUCCAGAAGAAAAAUGACAGUUCGGCAGCGAAUCAUUGGCUUGUCUAG